GGCAAACUGUGGCAACUGACCAAGAGCGACGGAAAUCCCGCCAAGCAAGAAAAUAAGUCUCCUGAAACCUCGCAGUUCCUUGUGGCACUGGUUGCUCUUGAUUGCACCUCUAAGUUGAGUGUGUAGCUGCUGAAGCUGCUGCUGCUACUUGAAAAAGGUCGUUUCCCGCGGAGGGGCGGCAGUUCUGAAUGUCCUCGUCGGCUGUUGUGAAAAGUACUGAGUCUUCAUAGCUACCAGGUUAUGCAGUAACAGGUCGUCGUCAUCGUCACUGGUAAUGGCGCCAGAAUAGCGGGCCAGCAGCCAUAGGUACUGAAGUCUCAAGCGGAUGAAUGAGUGACACGAGAGGCAGCCAUCAUCACCUGUGACACUGAGUAGCCUCUUAACAUAGAAUAUGAGGUCAAAUGCUUAUUACAUCAGAUGCCAUAGAAGUCAGCUUUCUACCCAACAGUCCUUUGUAAAUGGAGCAAGUUUUAAGAGCUAUAGUGAUCUGAGGAGUUCAGGUAACAUUAUUCCAAGUAAUACUGGAAGUCCUGUUUGUGAAGGUUAUCUAAAAAGUAGUGGUUUGUUGGCAAGUUUGAAUAAAAGCCCAGAAAAUAAGAAGUUUUGCAAAAGGGAAAAUUCAACCUUUUCCCUUAUUCAGGGGGUGUUGAAAGGUAUUGUAAAUUCAGGAUCAAACUUAGCAAAAUCCAUGAAAUCAGUGAUUUUUGCCAGUGGUAAGAGACAACCUUUUCAAGGAAGGAUGCAAGCUGUUAGUCUUGCCACAAAAAAGAAUUGUGAUAAGGAAAAUGUGAUUCCUAGGAUUGUGCCAUAUACCUUCGGAAACCUAAGACAUUUUCAGAGAUAUUUCCUCAGAAAUGAAGAUAUGUUGGUUGAUCAUGACUCAUCUUUCAAACAUCAGACAUCAACUCCUUGUAGUACAAAACGUGGCAACGAUACAUUGACAUCAAGAGGGGCCAAUAAGAAGAUUCGAUGUGAUCCCAAGAAUAUUUUUCACAUUUCUGAAUUGUCAGAGAAAUCAUCAACAAGGAGGAACAUGGUCCAGAGAAAAUGCCGCACAUCAAGAGUUGAACAAGCACUCUGUCGUAAUGUGGGGGGAGAAAGUAGAGAUGGAAAUUCAUAUGCAACACAGCACCAUAUGGAGUGGUUUUUACAAUUACUAGAAAACCCAAUAUUGAACAGCUUCCUUGAAGCAGAUAUAUGUUACCGAUAUGCAGACAACUAUUUGCUGGCCAUGGUAUUUGCAUAUUUCGUUCGAUCUCGGCUCUCUCGGCAGGAGUAUACCAAAGAAAAUUUUUUUGCUGCUCUGUACCUUGCACAUGAUAUGGAGGAGGAUGAAGAAGAACUAAAGUAUGAAGUGUUCCCAUGGGCCUUGGGUAAAAAGUGGCAUUGCAAGUAUUCCAAUAUUCUAAAGAGACGUGAUGCCAUAUUUUGGAAAAUAGAUUGUCGUGCUGUGGUAUCAAAGAAAUGCUGUGAUCAGGUGAUGGAGAUGUUGCCAGGUCAUAGGCUUUGGACCAGAGUCCGGCCAUACUAUCAUGGUGGAGCUAGAAGAGAAUACCAGAGACAUCCAGAUGAAAAUGGAUACCCAAGAGGUCCAUUUAAAUCUCCUUUACAAUGUCAGCAAUGCCUUGAACGAACAUGUAUGGAAUCUAGUAGUUCCUAUAUUCUGUACAUAUCAGACUCUGAAAGCAGCGUUGAUGAGCAGUUAUAUAAUGUGGGCGACACAGAGGAGCACAAAGAUUCUGGAUUUGAAACACGUCUUUAUGAUACUUCAGACAAUUUUGAUAGGUCCAAUGAAUUUUCCAUGGAAUCCGUAAGCACAGAUAGUAAGUUUGCUACUACAUCAUCCAACAAGACCAGCAGAAUCUUAGGUCAGUAAAACAAAUGUGGUUACCUGUGCCCCUUAUAACCGUAAUGAAAACUUAGUGAAAAUUCACGAACCAAGUACUAUCAGGAAAGACAUGUUCAUGAAAACUCCCAAGGCAAUGUUUUGCGUGAAGAUUGAAUGCUUUCUCUGGAUUAGUGACGUGCAGUUAUAUCAUCUUGAAAGUUAUUGAAUGAUUAGUACCAAGACGCGUUGCCAUGAUCAGAAAUAGAGUUUUUAUUGUUUCGUUAGGUGUUAUUCUAGGGUUGCACUUCACAGAAAUUGAAAGUAAACUAAGGCAAAGCUAUGUUUUGAGUCGUGUUAAGAUUCAUGAGUCAGUUUUUAAUGUUUUCCUUCAGGUAAUUUAAUCAUUUGUGAUGAUAGAAAUUUCCUUGAUGAAUAAUGUGCAUGAAACCCAAUAUGCAAAUUCAUUUUGCAUAUUUUGCAAUAAGCAAAAUGUGUGACUUGGGCCUUAAUGAAGUGGUGGCUCAUUUCAUUUAGGUGGAAUUAAGCAUUACUUAUACCUUGUAUAUAUAUAUAUACAUGUCUUAGUUAAGGAAUUUGUAUAUAUACAUCUUUGUUAAGGAAUUAUAUUUAUUGAGUUUUUUGUGAAAUUUAUGCAUAUACAACAAAUCUCUGUAAUUUUAUAAAACAAGCGUCAUUCCAAAGCAAAACAGAGGUUUGCAAUUUCACUUCUUUUGAGCUUCCUUUAAAGCUUAUUUUAUCAACUGAUCAAAGUUGCACUUAGGUUGGUAUGUUGAUAUCAGGUUUUAUUUUCAGGAGUUCUG